UAGGUGGCAGCAGGACUGCGUUGCUGUAGAGGGAGAUAGACGUAGCGUUAGCUCUCUGUGAGGAGAGGAAACGGGAUCCAGACCUGGAGAUUUUCCAGCAGUGUCUGAAACUUAUUUGUUGUAAUAGCCUGCACUGUGUGAGGUGUCUCGGUUUGAGGAGGGAGCUGUGUCUGCCGCUCUGAGCCGGUUUCUACCGCCAGCAGUGACCGUGGCUGUGGACGACCAUCGUGGAUUCUCUGUUCUUAUGCAGGAUUUGGAUCGCAGACCUUCUCUGUCAGUAAGAUUUUUCCUUCAGGAACGCCUCAACCAGUUUUCUUUGACUCAGACUCUUCUUCUUCUACGCCGUCAACCUGCUGACGCCGUCGUUCCGCCUCUAUCUGGGUCGACGGCGACUCUGAAACCUGCCGAAGCGGAAAAAAAGCAGAAAAAAACCAAAAACAACCUGCAGAGUCAAAGAUUCUUCGGCUGCGAUGCCAUAACCCAGUUUUAAUCCGACCGCAAAGAACGAACGCCAAGAAGCAGGUUCAACCCGAAGGAUGACAUCAAGACGAGUCAGCAGGAAGAGGAGCGACGAAGAGGAGGUGAAGAAGAAGAUGAUGAAGAAGAUGCAGGAGAUGAAGAUGGAGGUGAUAAAGAAGGAGGAGGUGAUGAAGAAGAUGGAGGUGAAGGAGUAGAAGAAGAAAAAACACGAAGAAGGACAAGGAGGUGAUGAAGGAGUAGAAGAACAAGGAGAAGAAGGAGGUGAUGAAGGAGAAGAAGAAGCUGAGGAGAUAAAAUAUUUACGGUAAAACAAAGGAGGAGUUUUGAGGAAAACGAAGAAGAAGAAAAUGGAGGAGAUGAUGGGAAAGGAGACAAGGAGAAAUGAGAGAAAUGGGGAAGACAUGAGGAGAAGGAGGAGAAAGAUGGCAGGAAAAGAGGGCAGGAAAGAGUAAGAAUCAGAAGGAGUCAAAAUGAGGAAAAAGAAGAGGUGAAAAGAGGAGAGAAAAUGUGGGAAGAAAGGAGGAGAAGGAGAAAAACUGGGAGGAAAAAAGGAGGAAAAGGAGAUGAAGAAAAGAAAGGAAGGAUGUAGGAAUCGAGGAGAAAACUGAUGAAAGAUGUCAAUAAAAGAGGAGAAGAAAAAGGAGAAUAAAGGAGGAGAGAAAACUGAAACUGGGAAAACCCAGGAGGAGGAAGUUUGAGGGAAGAAAUAGGAGAAAGAAAUGUGAAAGGAGGAGGUGAAAUAUGAGAAAAAAGGAGAACAAAUGGACAAAAUUAAGGUGUAAAAAGGAGGAGAAACAAAGGAGAAAUAAAUGAAUGGGGAAAAUAAGAGGAGAAGCAGGAGGUGAUGUCAGGACGGAGAUUCCUCAGGAAGAAAAGAAAAUAAAGGAGGUGAUGAAGGACAGAGGAGAUAAAAGGUGAAGGUAAUUUGGGGGAAAAACUGAAGAGAAAGUAAAAGAGGAGGAUCAGGUGACGUCCAGAAUCUGGAAGUUUUCAUCUGCGGUCAAAGAGAAGAAGAAGAAAAGAGGAGGAGACUCAAAGAGGAGGAGAUAAAAAGCUUCAGAGGAGGAGAAGAGCAGCAGUUAGAGAACCGGCACGACGGAGAACAUCUCCAGAACCUCCUCAGAACAUCACCAGAGCAUCUCCAGAACAUCUUCAGACCUCCAGAACGUCUUCAGAACAUCUCCAGAACAUCUUCAGAUCUCCAGACCUCCAGAGCAUCUCCAGAACGUCUUCAGAACAUCUCCAGAACAUCUUCAGAUCUCCAGACCUCCAGAGCAUCUCCAGAACGUCUUCAGAACAUCUCCAGAACAUCUUCAGAUCUCGAGACCUCCAGAACAUCUCCAGAACAUCUCCAGAACAUCUUCAGACCUCCAGAACAUCUCCAGAACGUCUUCAGAACAUCUCCAGACCUCCAGAACAUCUUCAGAACCUCCUCCAUCAUGUCGUUGUCGUCGCUCCUCAUCAGGACCCUCCUCUGCCUCCUCCUCGUCUCCACGGCGACGGCUGAGCUCACCUGUUGGCAGCAGGUUCCACCUGUUCUGAUCCGAGACCUGUGGAACCAAAGCAGACUUCUGAUCAACGACCUGCCGACAGAAAACUCGUCGGUUCAACACAGAUUCCUGCCAAACUUCUGCACCAAAUGUCCUGAGCUUGUGAUUGGCUGGUCGGACAUGAAGGCUUUGAUUGACGUCUAUCAGAGGAGUGUCUUCAAGAGAUCAGCUGUUCAGAAGCUCCUCCCACUUCACUACCCGGAAAUGAUGCACCGCCUCCAACACACACUGCAGCGCUGCGUUUCUUCCUCUGAAACUCCAAAACAUUUGAAACUCAUCCAAAAACGUGAACAAAAAAUAGAAAAGAGACUCGGAGACAAAGGAGCUCUGAAGGCCGUGGAAGAGUUGGACUUCGUCUUCAGCUGGAUCGAUGAGCUGCUGCAUCAUCGCGUUCAGUAAAACCUCACAAUCAGUGACGUCAUAAUCGUAAUCAGUGACAUCAUGAUCGUAAUCAGUGACAUCGUAAUCAUAACCAGUGACAUCAUCGUCCUCGGUGUCGUCAUCAUCACUCUGGAUUGUUUUUAUUAUAGAAGUUAGUGUUAAGUGAAUUUUUGAAGUAUUUAAAACUGUAUUUUUGCAGCUUUAAUCAGUUUUGUCACUUAAAUAGUAUUAAUUAGGAUUUUAUUAAUAUUUCAAACUUGUAUCAGUGUUGCUUUAUAUUUUUUAUUUAUUCGCAUUGAAGUAUUUAAUGAAGGAAAACUUGAGAACUUAAUAUAUUGAAUACGUAAACGAAUGAAGGAACAUAUUUUUAUAUAAAUUAAUGCUUUUAUCUGUAUUUAUGUUAAGUUAUAUUGAAUUCGGCAAAUUCUAGUAGAAAUAAAGUAGAUUAUUUUUUUUAUCUUC